GGCAGUAAAAUGGCAGUGAAUGGGCCCUUCACCCUUACCAAAUUUGUUAGGCAGUCUCGCAGUCUGGCAAUACCCUGGGAUUUGCCGCCUUUUUAUUAAACUUCACCUCCAGCUUUAGGUUAACCUUCCCCGAAACACAAACAACUUGAACCCUUUCACAACUUAUCUGAUUGUCAGCCUUAUUGACAACAGUCACCAACGACAGCGAGGUCAAGAUACUCUGCCUUUCCCUCGAUUUCCAUCACAGCUUCCUCGGAGCCUUCGUUUGGAUCUGUUUAAUCUGCUCAGGAGCUCAUACAAGUUAUUCACGACUUAAUUUGUCUGCUUACUUUAAGGGUCCAUUUCGCCUGUAUUGCAAAGACUCCCCUUUUCUUCAGCUUCUUCGUGCCAUCCACGCACCUAUCCCGAUCGCAAAUAUCCAGUUACGACUGAUCCCUUUUGUGACACUACCGUCGCCAGAAAAUACCAUAUUCCUUUAUCCUUUACACCGUUCGCCAUCAUGGACGGCGAGGAUCAACCCAAAACCCCGCUGACCCCACUUGCGCCAGCGGGCAUUGAGAACAGGAUGCAAGUUGAUAAUGCCUUGCGAGCAAUUCAUCAGAAGAAACCUGUGCCAGAGAUUGAUUUUACUCUGCAUACUAUGGAAGAUGGAAGUCAAGUGAGCACGAUGGAAAGAGUGUGCAAAGAUGUACAAGCACCUGCCAUGGUCCCACCGACAGAUCAACAAUUCUUCUCGCCACAAGAUCCAUCCAAGCCAAAUUUACAGUUCUUGAAGCAACAUUUCUACAGAGAAGGUCGCUUGACCGAAGAACAAGCUCUGUUCAUUCUCGAGGAGGGCACAAAAGUAUUGAAGCAAGAGCCUAACCUUUUGGAGAUGGAUGCGCCAAUCACUGUUUGUGGCGAUGUUCAUGGACAAUAUUACGAUUUAAUGAAGCUUUUUGAAGUGGGUGGAGAUCCAGCUGAUACCAGAUACCUCUUCUUGGGAGAUUAUGUCGACAGAGGUUACUUCAGUAUUGAGUGUGUGUUAUAUCUUUGGUCUUUGAAGAUCUGGUACCCAAACAGCUUGUGGCUACUUCGAGGAAACCACGAAUGUAGGCAUUUGACAGAUUACUUCACAUUCAAGCUUGAAUGUAAGCACAAGUAUUCAGAGAGAAUCUACGAAGCAUGCAUGGAUUCAUUCUGUGCAUUGCCUUUAGCGGCUGUUAUGAACAAACAAUUCUUGUGUAUUCAUGGAGGUUUGAGUCCUGAGUUACACACCUUAGAUGAUCUCAAGAGCAUUGAUCGAUUCCGCGAACCUCCCACUCACGGUCUUAUGUGCGAUAUCUUAUGGGCAGAUCCAUUGGAGGAGUUUGGACAGGAAAAAACUUCCGAGUUCUUCAUUCAUAAUCACGUCCGAGGUUGCUCAUACUUCUUCUCAUACCCUGCUGCAUGCAACUUCCUUGAGAAAAAUAACCUUCUUUCAAUCAUCCGAGCACAUGAGGCACAAGAUGCUGGUUACAGAAUGUACAGGAAGACUCGAACAACCGGAUUUCCUAGUGUUAUGACCAUUUUCUCGGCACCCAAUUAUCUCGAUGUCUAUAACAACAAGGCCGCUGUACUAAAGUAUGAGAACAACGUUAUGAACAUCAGACAGUUCAAUUGCACUCCUCAUCCUUACUGGCUACCAAACUUCAUGGACGUUUUCACCUGGUCUCUACCUUUCGUUGGAGAGAAGAUUACCGAUAUGUUACUCGCAAUUCUUAGCACUUCUUCAGAGGAUGAGCUCAAGGAUGAUCAAACUCCAUCAAGCACUUCUCCAGGUCCUAUAUCGCCUCCAAUCAAUUCUCCAAUGGAUCCGGAAUCCAUCGAGUACAAGAGAAGAGCAAUCAAGAACAAAAUUCUUGCAAUCGGUCGUCUUUCACGAGUCUUCCAAGUUUUAAGAGAGGAAUCCGAGAGAGUUACCGAACUGAAGACUGCAGCUGGUGGUAGACUUCCUGCUGGAACUUUGAUGCUUGGAGCAGAAGGUAUCAAGAACGCGAUUACUAAUUUUGAGGAUGCACGAAAGGUUGAUUUGCAAAACGAACGUCUCCCACCUAGUCACGAAGAAGUCACGAGACAGAACGAAGAGGGACGAGAGCAAGCAUUGGAGAGAGCAAAGAGGGAGGCUGAUAAUGAUAAGGGGUUACAAUUGCUUUCCAGAAGGCUUAGCACUGAUCGUAAGAAAUAAUAAGAUACAAAUAUACAAAGGGAGGUAGGGAAUCGGGAGCACUUUGGGAAGCUAUUAUGAUAAUCGAUUACGUCUUGGAGGUCAUCUCAGUGAUAGUCUUUGGGAAGCUGCCAUGGGGAUCGAUUUAAGUCGAUAGAUACAUUUUGAUCAAUGAUUUGCGUACUUAGACUGUUGAUGCAUCAAUUGCAUACAAUGUUAAGUCUAAAUUUAUAUUUGAAAGUUUUA